AUAAAUAAUCCGAGUCGGCCUCCCACCAAUCACAAAACUCGGUCAACUCUCGACAGCUCCAGACAUUAGCCGCCAGUUCAAAACUAAGGCCAAAAUGAAGUUCCUUUUCGUAGUCGUUCUCAUUGCUCUGGCCAUCCAGUUGACAGUAGCACAGAGCUCCACUGCCACAACGGAAGCCGCAACGACCACAACGACAGCUGCGUCCACAGAUACGACCACGACGACAGCGGCAUCAGUGACCAGUGCUACGACCAAGAAAACAAAUAAGCUUUGCUGGAGGGGAAACAACUGGUGCAACACCCGUCAGCAGGUCAAGUGCAAGAACCCCAAGAAUUGCAUCAAGACCAUCGUGGUGGUGCGUCGCCAUAGAGGCUAGAAUAAGUCAGUUUUGUACAAAUUAACAACCAAUAAAUAUCACGAUUGUUACGAAAGCAUACA